UCAAGACGUGGACACAGCGACUUCAGGAGAAGGACAAGUGAUUUCCUAACAGCUCAUUGUUGGCCAACAGAAACCAGAGAUUUUAUGGAUCAAGAAAGCCAUUUGCAUUCAGGGGAGAAUGUAGAACCAUCAGUCCUCAUUGGUCAGGCACUGCUGAGGUUCCAGGAUGCUGUUGCCAUGGCGAUUGCACGGGCCCGUCAGAGGGUCGUACAGGGCUUCAUUGUGUUCUCUAUUGUCUUUCUGCUCCUCUGGCUCGCCGCCUUUUUAUACGGGAGCUUCUACUACUCCUACAUGCCCAAGGCGGCCUUUUCAGCACCUGUGCACUACUACUACAGGACAGACUGUGACUCUCCAGCCUCUUUUUUGUGCUCUUAUCCUCUGGCCAACAUCUCUCUGAUGAGAAACAGGAAGCAUGUGCUGACAUUCGGCCAGGCCUAUCAGAUCUCUCUGCGGCUAGAGGUGCCUGAUUCUCCAACCAAUCAGGAUCUGGGGAUGUUUAUGAUCAAGACAACCUGUUUCUCUCAGGAGGGAGGGCAGGUUGCCUCCUCUGCUCGCUCGGCAAGACAACUGCUGUCCGCCUCCAGCUCUCGCUUUAGCAUGCUGCGAUACAGAUCAGACCUGCUGAGGACUUUGGGAACGCUACUGUUCCUCCCAGCCUUUCUGACCGGAGCAGCUGAGCAGAGACAAGUGCUGGACGUGGAGCUUUUCUCAGAUUACACCGAUGACCCUUAUGCGCCCUCGGUCACGGCUGUCAUCGAGAUUCUGUCCAACAAAGUGCAGAUCUACUCAUCUCAGCUGUACGUUCAUGCUCAUUUCACUGGAAUAAGAUACCUGCUCUUCUACUUCCCUGUCUUAUCAGCCCUGGUUGGCGUUUCCAGUAACUUUGUCUUCCUUAGCAUCCUCUUCAUCCUCAGCUACGUGAGGGUGCUGAUGAAUGUGGGCCCACGGACGCGCAGAACAUAUGGGCUGCUGUCGAGCACGGAGGAGAACGCAAACAGCAAGCAAGAGGAUGAAAAAGAUGUUCCUGCGGGUACCACAGAGCUGCUGGGUCCCUGCCAGAUAAGUCCCACAGAUCUAAGCCCGGAGGAACCCCAUUUGCCCUUUGGCAAUGGCACAGAGCUGCAGAAUGGAAAUAAACUUGGUCAGGGUGAAAAAAAAGAAUCAGAGGCAGCCUCAGGUCAUUACUGAAAGAUGUUGAGAAAGUGUUAUGUGUAAUCCUGAUGGUGAGAUGUAGAUUUAAGACUGAUAUGUGGCGGAAAAUGACUCAGAAAAACUACACCCUGCACUCCACGCCCUGCCUUAUGACUAUCACUUGUGUUCGAGCUUAGGACCCUUUGACUGACACAUCUGAACCCUCAUCUCUUGAUAUAAAUCUUUCAUUUCCGAUGCCUUUUUAUUACUUUGCAUUUAUUGGUCAUGGUUUUGUGUUUACUGCUAUGGAGACCCAAGGUGUUCAUUAUUAAAUAACUGCAUAAGACCUUUUGAAAUAAAGAAACACCUGAAUAAAUGCGGACAAAAUAUUAAAUAUUAACUAAUCAUUUUAUUUAAGUAAAAUGUUGAAAUCAAAUAAAAGUGCUGCAUUCAAAAUACAAGUGUGACCAGCAAAUACAUGUAAUGUCACAGAUGGUUGAGGUGAAGCUCAUUUUAAUUAUUCCAUAUGUAUAUGUUAUUGCGCACUUAAAUUUAUAAAGAUGAAUUGUAAAGUGUUUAGGAUGUUUUAAUGUUAAUCUGGAAAUUAACAAGUAACUGCAGCUGUCAAAUCAAUGUAGCAAAGUAAAAAAUACAAUAAUCCCUUUUAGUACAAAGAAGUUUAAAAUGGAAAGUUUUACCAGAGUAAAGUACAAGUACCUCAAAAUUUUAAA